ACUCUCAACCCACUUAUUCGAUCGGGCCAACGAGUUAAACCGGUUGAAAACGUUGAGCAUUAGCCUAUAAGGUUUGAAAAUUUUACUUGACGGCCUUUGGUGGGAAAAUCGCUGGUCGGUUCGUCCCCCGACUCUUCCUCCUCGACUGUUGCAAGCGUUUUUAACCUCGCCGGGCUCCGUCUCCGCCAUAGUAACCACUUGCCAGCCCUCCGUCUGCAGAUGGAGAUGUCAGACGAAAAUGGCUAUCGGUUGCCUCAUACUGCGCCCUCCAAAGUCAUCUCUCAAGAGCAGCGAGCUCGAAUUUCACAAAACUUCAGAGCCGCCAAGGCUCUUCUUGCUCGGAAACGGCCGCGCGACACCACCGCCGUCGCUUUCCCUUGCCGGUUUUCUCCUCAUAAAGCUAGGGAAAUCGAGACUGCCGAAUCACCUGCUCCAAUUAGUACCAUAAAGAGAGUUCCUCUUUCAGAAAUAUCAGCAAACACUUUAUCUGUGGUUCAUUUUGGGGGCAUAAACUCUAGGCUAGAAACGCCGGUGCGUAAGCCGGAGCCAGUCUCUGGGACAGUUUGUCUUCCUUUGGUUGGUGAAAGUGCUUCAGAAUCUUUUGUGACCCCAAUUAAACAGCAGCUAGAGUGUUCUGGCUUCAGCAAUUACUCAUCUAUUACUUCUACUAGCCUACUGGAUGAUGAAUUUGAUGAAUCCGUCCUGGAAGCAAUCGAUGCUAUAUGUGAACAAGCUUCUGCUGCAAAAGAUAAGGAGACUCCGAUCGGCAGUAUUCGUGUGGACAACGAGCGCGGUGAAAUGGUCUUAGGAGGCCAUGGCAGUGUUUGUGCUGUGGGUAUUGCUGCCAAUGGGGACAAGAGGAUGGGAAGUGUGUUGGGCUCGGGGGAUGAUGAUGAAUCCAGGGAAAGUGAUGAUGGUAAUACGUCAGAGACCAUGUCAUGUGAGGAAAUGCCCAGCGAGUACUCCAAGUAUUUGCAGUCUUUGAAUGACAGACAAAGGGAGGCGGCUUGUAGUGAUAUUUCAGUCCCUUUGAUGAUUGUUGCUGGUCCAGGAAGUGGCAAGACUUCUACUAUGGUUGGUCGUGUUCUGAUGCUGCUCAAUAAGGGUAUUAGUCCAUCGAACAUUUUGGCGAUGACUUUCACCACAGCUGCAGCAUCUGAGAUGCGAGAUAGAAUUGGAGCAGUAGCCGGGAAAGCCACAGCUAAAGAGCUUCCUAUCAGCACAUUCCAUUCAUUUUCCUUGCAACUUUGUAGAUUGCAUGCUGAGAAGUUGGAGAGGACUCCAGACUUCUUGAUAUACGGUCAUAGCCAUCAGAGAAGGGCAGUCAUUGAGGCUAUCCGCUUAUUAGAGAAGGAAAAUCAAACUAUCCAGAACAAUGAUUCCUUGAAAAGUGCUGAAGAUGGUAAUCUUGGUCCUGAGUGUUUCAAGGAUACAUCAAAGAAGUGGCUCAAGUUUGUGACUCAGGCUAAGGCUUCAGGAGAGUCUCCUGCAGAUUAUGUCAAACUGGGCAACAAGACAGGAGCAGCCAUCCUUGGGAACUACAAUGACAUAUUGAGAUCCUGCAAUGCUCUGGAUUACCAUGAUUUGAUCAGCUGUUCUGUAAAGUUGCUCACCAAUUUUCCCGAAGUGUUUAAGGAGUGCCAGGAUUCGUGGAAAGCAAUCGUGAUUGAUGAGUUUCAGGACACAAGUGCUAUGCAGUACACUCUUCUGAAACUUCUAGCAUCCCAUAAUCGCAUAACAAUUGUUGGUGAUGAUGAUCAGUCCAUUUUCAGCUUUAAUGGAGCUGACAGUUCUGGGUUUGAUUCAUUCCGUCAUGAUUAUCCAACCUAUAAAGAGAUUCGACUCAAUAAGAACUAUCGAUCGACACGCUACAUUGUUGAGGCUGCCUCAUCACUUAUAAAAAAUAACAUCAGACGUUGCCAACUUAAGGAUAUCCUAACCGACAAUUCUUCCGGAUCUAAGGUGAUCAUAAAGGAAUGUCAGAAUGAUGAAGCACAAUGUAAUUUUGUUGUUGACAAAAUAGUGGAAACUGUAUCGGAGGCCACAUCUGACAAGCCUUCUUAUGGAAAUAUAGCCAUUCUUUACCGGAGACAGGUAUCAGGAAAACCAUUCCAAAUAGCAUUUCGUGACAGGAAAAUACCAUUUAAUGUUCAUGGCGUGGCCUUCUACAGGAAAAAGGUAGUCAAGGCCAUUAUUGCUAUGCUGAGGACCACAAUACCUGGUUGUGAUGAUGAUGGGGCAUAUCGGCAAGUCUUCAAGGCUUUGCUUCCUUUUGACAAGGAAGAAAAAAAGAUGGUUAUUGGUCACAUUGACAAAAUAUCAAUCACCAGAAAAUGCCCCUUUGUAUCUGCAGCCCGUGACAUCUUUACUGCCAAGGUUUCCGGUACCUUUAAGAGGAGCCAACUCACCCAGGGACGUAAGGUGUUAACAACUCUAGAGAUGAUAUCCAAACUCAUUCAUAGGGAACAGUCAAUUUCAGCUGUCAUAACUUCAGCAGCUAACAUGGUACCUCAGAAGUACCUUCUAGAGCAAAGGGCGGUGGUAGAUGUUGACGGGGGGAAAUUGCUGAAUGAAGACAAUGAUAUGCGAUCUGUUCUUCAGUACUUGCUGGAUGAUGUUACUGAUUUCAUGUCCACACCAAUUGCUAAAAAAGAAGAAGGGAGCAGUGACAAUACGAUGGAAGAGAAGGGUUGUGCUAAGCAGCUGAAAGCAUUUCUCGAGUACGUAGCAGAGCGGGAGAAAGAAAACUUCCGCUCUCGGAGACAAGAUAAUAACAAUUCUGUUACCUUGACCACUAUUCAUCAGUCAAAAGGGUUAGAAUGGGACGUGGUUUUCAUAAUAAAGGCAAAUGAUUCAGAAAUCCCUUUGUUGUAUGAAUACAAUGGUGUUGCAAAGGAACAUGGCAAUUCAAUCGAAGAGGAACGCCGUCUGUUAUAUGUGGCAAUGACUCGUGCCAGAAAGAAGCUCUUCAUUCUUUACGUCACAGUGGAUUCAAAUUGGCAGAUGCUGCAACCAUCCCGGUUUCUCAGGGAAAUUCCGAAUCAUCUUCGGGAGAUUCAGGCAGAUGUCUGUCUUCAGGACUUAGAGCCAAAAUGUCCUAGAAUCCUUAAAGUCUCCGCCAACUCUGCUGAUGGCAUUGCAAAUGAGAAAGAAAGUCCUGAAUUUGAUACGAAACCAGACAAACCCUGUAAUAAGGAUCAAAUUGAUUCAGCUUCAGAGGAGACGAUGGAAGCAAUUGAAGCUUACAAUUCAAAUGGGUUCAUAAAGAGAUUUGCUGUCGAAGACAGGUCAGUGGUUUCCCACAUAUUCCAUCAAUGGGCAAAGAAACUAGCCUUUCAAACUCCCAAAAGGUUACUUGACAAGGUCGGAUUCGUGAUUGAUGAACGCUUGAGGGUGAAGAAAACCAAACACAAGGAUGUUUUGCAAGGCUUGAAAUCUUGUUUGAGCUGCGACGAAGCAUUUCAGUAUGCAGAAUAUGUCUUACGAUGGGAGAAGAUUCCAGCUGACAAGCGAGCUCAUAUUAUGCGAGAGAAACAGGAGCACUUCCAGAAACUGAGGAUCGAGAAGUCCAUGAGUACAUCUGCACCCACACCGAAGCAGAUUGCAUAUCUGCAGAACUUGGGAUGCACCACGUCUCCAACAUCACGCCUUCAUGCCUGCCGUUUGAUUGAACAGUAUAAAUCCUUGUGACCGACACUCCAGACAUCUGGACCAAAAAGCAUGGUCCAUGAAACCGUACCGGAGACCGUAUCGGGAAAGUCAGCGGUAGGCUAUUUUAUGGUAAAACCGUGAUUUAACCGUAGUUCAACCGUUAUACCGGUAAAUACCGCCUAUCGACUUAGCCUUCGAUAUUGGUAUUUCGUGAUUGAACCGCCGGUACGGUACGGUUUCAUGGACACCGCCAAAAAGGCGGCGGUAGUUGGCCCCGUUUUCUGUCUGUCCGCCUGCUGUUUAUCUAUUUCUCACUCGAGUGUAAAUUUGGAAAUCUACCCAUUUACGAUUUACCAUCCACCGGAUGACUGAUAAAUUUUAAUGAGAACAUCAUGUUGUGGAACUUGCUUUGACCAGAUGUUAGGAUUAGCGAGCAUCAUUUAUAUUUGAUCGUGAGGAAUGUGUCAUUGACUUAGAUAAUAGGGAGACUGCGCGGAAACUAGAUGAUGCAUCAUGGUUUGAAGAUCCAAAAGAGGUGAUGAAACUUUAGGGUUUUCAUGCACCAUUUGGCAAUUGGGAGUUCAAAAAUAUUUGUAAUAAUUUUGAAAAAUUGACUCUGGACUCCAAUGCUCAAUUGAUUGAGUGAGAAUUAGGAGAUACGCCUAGGACUUAACCUUAUUCACAUACACUUCAACUAUGGUUUCCCCCCCUCCCCACCCAAACUAUGCCUUUUGUAUGUGAUUAUGAAGGGUAAGCCUGUUGGAAUUUCUACUAGUAUUGCUUUAGCCUUGAAAUGCUGCUCUAUUUGGUUGUGCCUCAACCACGUGCUUGUUAUUAUCUACCACAAAGUUUGAAUCAAGUUGGUGAUGGUCUAGAGCAAGAGAACUUGAGCUGCAAGUAAUGAUUGUUCAGCUCGAACAAUCCAACAAUCUCUCAACACCCAACAACGCAGCUCGAACAUUCCAACCACAUCCUUCUUCCAUCUUCUUACGUUCCACAUGCAAUUCUGUUUUGAUGGAUCUGUAUGCAUCUAACUCGAAAUUUUGACUCACAGCCUCUCAUUUCAAAACCCUCUGGAGAAUUCCCUUUUGCGAGAAAAUAUCAUAUUUCACUUGGAAUGGAGUCGUUGAAUCUAACACCAAUAUAGGUGAGAUCUCUGAGUUAUUGUUGUUAUCAUACAUCGGAUAUGAUAGGAGCAUUGCAUAGUGCGGGGUGGAUCGUUCAUGUUUGAUAGAUUCAAGAAGUUCCCGAUUGGUAAUUAGGGAUUAGAGAGGAAGAAAUUAGCGAUUUAGAGGAAUUGGGGAAGAGUUGAGAGAAAAUUUUGGGAGAAGAAGAUUAGAGAUUUAGGUUUUAACUUUUUGCAUUACUUCAUCAUCACUAUUAUAAUACAGAGGACUCAAGCUUGGGCAUGAAGGAUCAUUAUACUCAUCCCUCACUGAUUCUUUAUUCUCGCUACAAACAUGGGCGAAGUCGAAUGAGUUGUAUGCUUGGAGAAGCUGCUCUACCACUACCAUAUUCAGGUUGUCCUAGUGUAUAAAUGUAUUAUAUAUAUAUAUAUAUAUAAUACACUUUUUCGGGUGCACUCGCCUCAUAAUUGUCAUUCUGAUCAUGCGAUUCAUGUCAAAACGGUAUCAAUUGUUGCUUAUGAUAUUAUGAACAAGAAGCACACGAAUCUGAAAAAAAAUUCAUUCAAAAUUUACUUUAAUUCGAAGGAUUUAUGAUUUAGGGAUUUAGGGUUAGGGUUUAGGUUUACAAUUUGGGAUUUUGGGUUGGGAUUCAAAAUUGAAUGUUAAGGGGUUAGGGUAAUGGAUUGAUUUGUUAUGAUUCUAUGUCAUAUCAUCAUAUUAUAUUGAAAGUACUAAUUAAAGUUCAAAAUUUGA